AUGUCUAUUGGAAAGACAAAGAGUGUGCUCAUCACAGGAUGCUCACCUGGGGGCAUCGGACAUGCUCUUGCGCGGGAAUUCCACGCCAAAGGUCUACAUGUCAUAGCGACAGCCAGAAGCAAAGAUGCGAUUGAGGACUUAGAGGCGAUGGGCAUGUCGACGCUGACUCUGGAGGUGACAAGUGCGGACAGUAUUAAAGAGGCCAGGGGGGAGGUAGAGAGGAUCACAGGUGGCAAGCUAGAUAUCUUGGUUAACAACGCAGGCCGUAACUGCACUAUCCCCGCUCUAGACGCCGAUCUCGACGACGCCAGAGCAUGCUUCGAGACGAACCUCUUCGCCGUCAUGGCGCUAACACAAUCCUUCAUUCCGCUCCUGAUCGCCGCCAAGGGCCUCAUCCUGAACAUCGGCUCCGUCGCUGCCGUGACGCCGUACGUGUUCGGUAGCGUGUACAACGCCAGCAAAGCCGCGCUGCAUUCGUGGAGCGAGACGCUGCGUCUGGAGAUCGAGCCGUUUGGCGUGAGGGUGCUUGUGGUCGUGACCGGCGGCGUGAAGAGCCGGAUCGCUCGCACGGAGAGGGCGCUGCCCGAGGGCAGUCUGUACGUGGAGAUUGGUGAGGAUUUCCAGAGGAGGGUGAAGCACAGCCAGGAAGGCGCCAUGGCGACCGAUGUCUAUGCUCGGGGGGUGGUGAGGGAGGCGCUGAGGAGUGGGUGGGCGAUGAAGAAGCUGUAUUGGAGGGGGAACAAGAGUGGCUUGAUCUGGCUUGUUCGGAAUUGGAUCGGGGCGUGGGUGUUUGAUCUGGUGCUGCCGAGGAUGUUUGGGCUGGGGAGAUUGGCGAAGUUGAUCAGAGCGCGGGGGGGCAAGUGA